AUGGUAUUCGAGGGAAAGCGAUCAGCCUCGUGUCCUUGUUUCUUCCUCCUGACUGCCAAGUUCUACUGGAUCCUCACGAUGACGCAAAGAGCUCACAGUCAAGAGCAUGCCCAUUCCAUACGAGUGGAUGGCGACAUCAUUUUGGGAGGUCUCUUUCCUGUCCACGCAAAGGGAGAGAGGGGGGUGCCUUGUGGGGAGCUGAAGAAGGAAAAAGGGAUCCACAGAUUGGAGGCCAUGCUUUACGCAAUUGACCAGAUUAAUAAGGACCCUGAUCUCCUCUCCAAUAUCACUCUGGGUGUCCGGAUCCUCGACACCUGCUCCAGGGACACCUACGCUUUGGAGCAGUCACUAACAUUCGUGCAGGCUUUGAUAGAGAAAGAUGCUUCUGACGUGAAGUGUGCUAAUGGAGAUCCACCCAUUUUCACCAAGCCCGACAAGAUUUCUGGCGUCAUAGGUGCUGCUGCGAGCUCCGUGUCCAUCAUGGUGGCUAACAUUUUAAGACUUUUUAAGAUACCUCAAAUCAGCUAUGCAUCCACAGCCCCAGAGCUAAGUGAUAACACCAGGUAUGACUUCUUCUCUCGGGUGGUCCCGCCUGACUCCUACCAAGCGCAAGCCAUGGUGGACAUUGUGACGGCACUGGGGUGGAACUAUGUGUCAACACUGGCUUCUGAGGGCAACUACGGAGAGAGCGGUGUGGAGGCCUUCACUCAGAUCUCGCGGGAGAUCGGUGGUGUUUGCAUUGCUCAAUCACAGAAAAUCCCACGUGAACCAAGACCUGGAGAAUUUGAAAAAAUAAUCAAGCGUCUGCUAGAAACACCUAAUGCUCGGGCAGUGAUUAUGUUUGCUAAUGAAGAUGACAUCAGGAGGAUAUUGGAAGCAGCGAAAAAAUUAAACCAAAGUGGGCAUUUUCUCUGGAUUGGCUCAGAUAGUUGGGGAUCCAAAAUAGCACCUGUUUAUCAGCAGGAGGAGAUUGCAGAAGGGGCUGUGACAAUUUUGCCCAAAAGAGCGUCAAUUGAUGGGUUCGAUCGAUACUUUAGAAGCCGAACGCUUGCCAAUAAUCGAAGAAAUGUAUGGUUUGCGGAAUUCUGGGAGGAGAAUUUUGGAUGCAAGUUAGGAUCACAUGGAAAAAGGAACAGUCACGUAAAGAAAUGCACAGGCCUGGAGCGAAUUGCUCGGGAUUCAUCUUACGAACAGGAAGGAAAGGUCCAGUUUGUAAUUGAUGCUGUGUAUUCCAUGGCUUACGCCCUGCACAAUAUGCACAAAGAUCUCUGCCCUGGAUACAUUGGCCUUUGCCCACGAAUGAGUACCAUUGAUGGGAAAGAACUACUCGGCUAUAUUCGGGCUGUAAAUUUUAAUGGUAGUGCUGGGACACCGGUCACUUUUAAUGAAAAUGGAGACGCUCCUGGUCGUUAUGAUAUCUUCCAGUAUCAAAUAACCAACAAAAGUACAGAAUACAAAAUCAUUGGGCACUGGACCAAUCAGCUUCAUCUAAAAGUGGAAGACAUGCAGUGGGCCAACAGAGAACACACUCACCCGGCGUCUGUCUGCAGCCUGCCCUGUAAGCCCGGGGAGAGGAAGAAAACAGUGAAAGGAGCUCCUUGCUGCUGGCACUGCGAGCGCUGUGAAGGUUACAACUACCAGGUGGAUGAGCUCUCCUGUGAACUCUGCCCUUUGGACCAGAGACCAAACAUCAACCGCACAGGCUGUCAGCUCAUCCCCAUCAUCAAACUGGAGUGGCAUUCCCCCUGGGCCGUGGUGCCUGUGUUCGUUGCCAUUUUGGGAAUCAUCGCCACCACCUUCGUGAUCGUGACCUUUGUCCGCUAUAACGACACACCUAUUGUGAGGGCUUCGGGACGCGAACUUAGUUACGUGCUCCUAACGGGGAUUUUUCUCUGUUAUUCAAUCACCUUUUUAAUGAUUGCAGCACCAGAUACAGUCAUCUGCUCCUUCCGACGGAUCUUCCUAGGACUCGGCAUGUGUUUCAGCUAUGCAGCCCUUCUUACCAAAACGAACCGAAUCCACCGAAUAUUUGAGCAGGGGAAGAAAUCUGUCACAGCGCCCAAGUUUAUCAGUCCAGCAUCCCAGCUGGUGAUCACCUUCAGCCUGAUCUCCAUCCAGCUCCUGGGAGUGUGUGUCUGGUUUGUUGUGGACCCACCGCACAUCAUCAUUGACUAUGGAGAACAGCGGACUCUAGACCCGGAGAACGCCAGGGGAGUGCUCAAGUGUGACAUCUCUGAUCUCUCGCUCAUUUGUUCACUAGGGUACAGUAUCCUCUUGAUGGUAACUUGUACUGUUUAUGCCAUUAAAACAAGAGGAGUUCCAGAGACUUUCAAUGAAGCCAAACCUAUUGGAUUUACCAUGUAUACCACCUGCAUCAUUUGGUUAGCUUUCAUCCCCAUCUUUUUUGGUACAGCCCAGUCAGCAGAAAAGAUGUACAUCCAGACUACAACACUUACUGUCUCCAUGAGUUUAAGUGCUUCGGUGUCUCUGGGCAUGCUCUACAUGCCCAAGGUUUAUAUUAUAAUUUUUCAUCCAGAGCAGAAUGUUCAAAAACGCAAGAGGAGCUUCAAAGCUGUGGUGACAGCUGCCACCAUGCAAAGCAAACUGAUCCAAAAAGGAAAUGACAGACCAAAUGGCGAGGUGAAAAGCGAACUCUGUGAGAGUCUUGAAACCAACACUUCCUCUACCAAGACGACAUAUAUCAGCUACAGCAAUCAUUCAAUCUGAAACAGGGAAAUGAUACAAUAUGAAGAAAUGUGGUAUGCGAUCUUAAACAAUGAACGUGACACCACCAACACUCACUCCUGGAG